UGUCAAACUGGAACACUCGAAACCGAAAUAGAGGCUCAGAAGUCUGCUGGAAAGGUCUGGCAGCUCAUUCUGCCGAGGUAUGGGCUUGGUGCAGUAGAUGAAAAGACCGGUAUUCAAGUCAAGGUUACGGCCAUUCACUCUAAGGUGUCUCUAAUCAGCAUGCUCGCUCCAUCCCCCGAUUGGUUCGUAGGAGUUGACAGCCAUGAACUCUGUGAAAAUGGCCGAUGGCGAGAGGCCUGGCACGUCAUUACGUUACUACCGUAUGAUUCAGGCACUGAUAGCGGGUCUCAGUUUAUUGGCCGCGAUCAACCAACAGUGCCACCUGUGCCAAUCUUCCGAAUCAAUAACACCAUGAAUGGUGUUUUUAAGGCCAAUGAAUCCAUCAAAAGCCUGGGGGAGUUUCGAUUCAAGCUUCAAGUGGAGAUGGAGAACUCGGCCAGCAAGGACCGUGUUAAUUUGCUUGUGAUCGUUACUGUUGCUUCCAUUCUGGCAUUUUUGUUUUAG